GACCAAUGACCAGAUUGUAUCUUUGCCUACCAGGCUACCAUGAUACCAUCCCUUCAUACUUUUGCGCGGGUGGUUUUGCUCGAACAGCAAGCUUAGGCAAUGGAGAUGGGCUGUGUCUGGAUAAGGCGAAUGCGAUUCGCCGGACCCAACUCUAACCUGGUGUUCAAACAGCCUCCGUUACUCUCCUCCUCCUCUGCGACUGCUACCCUUGCUCUUCAUAACCCUCAGGUAACCUUGCCGCCGGGACAACCACAUAAUCUCACCCUCAAUUUCACUCCCAGCCGCCGCUUCUUUUCAAACACGGCCUUCUCCUCGCCGCAUUCUUCAGUUUCAGUGUCUCCAAAAAGUUCAGCCGGGGACGCGGGACCUGGUGACGCCGGAGCUAAAUUUCGGGGCGAUGGCUCGAAGGUGCUCCUCAAGGAAAUGAGAUAUUCCGAACUCGAAAAGUGGGUUCAGUCCCAUGGAUUCAGACCUGGUCAGGCUAUGAUGCUGUGGAAGCGGUUGUAUGGCUUGAACAACAUCUGGGCACACUGUGUUGACGAAUUGGAAGGCUUGAACAAGGACUUCAAGAAGUUGAUAAGUGAGCAAGCUCAGUUGAAUGCCUUGACCUUGCAAAACGUUGUAACUGCGUCUGAUGGAACCAGAAAGGUUUUGUUCAGGUUAAAUGAUGGACUAGUUAUAGAAACAGUUGUGAUACCAUGUGAUAGAGGCAAGCCUUUUCUUCAUAUCCCAUUUGAAAUCCAAGUCCAUCUAUCAUCUUUAUGUUUCUUGAUUGCUUUGCUGCAUUUCCUCGAACAAUAUUGCAGGAUGGGUUUGACGAGACAUCUGACUACAGCUGAGAUAGUAGAGCAAGCUGUAUUUGCAAGGCGUCUACUCACAAGUGAAGUUGGUUCCAUCACUAACGUUGUCUUCAUGGGAAUGGGAGAACCUCUUCAGAACAUUGAAAAUGUAAUCAAAGCAGCUGACAUAAUGGUGGAUGAGCAAGGACUUCAGUUUAGCCCUCGGAAGGUCACUGUUUCUACAAGCGGGCUUGUUCCCCAGCUCAAACGGUUUCUCCAUGAAUCCAACUGCUCUUUGGCUGUCAGUCUAAACGCAACUACUGAUGAGGUAAGAAACUGGAUCAUGCCAAUCAACCGCAAGUACAAUAUUAGUUUGCUUCUCGACACCCUGCGACAGGAGCUUCAGUGCAAGCACAAGUACAAAGUGCUGUUUGAGUAUGUAAUGCUUGCUGGGGUAAACGACAGUGUUGAGGAUGCAGGGAGGCUGAUCGAUCUAGUUAAAGGUAUUCCAUGCACGAUCAAUCUCAUUCAGUUCAAUCCUCACUGUGGCUCCCAGUUCAGACCAACCAGCAUAGACAAAAUGAUCGAGUUCCGUAAUCUGCUAGCACAGGGCAAAUGCUCAGUGUUCUUGCGACAGAGCAGAGGUGACGACCAGAUGGCUGCUUGCGGCCAGCUGGGGAAGCCCGGGACGUUCCAGGCUCCUGUCCUCCGAGUCCCUGAAAAGUUCCAGAUGGCUGUAGCCAAUGGUUAAGCACUGCGUUUCCCCCUUGUGUCAAUCAUGUUAGUUAAUGAUAUUAUUAUUGUUUUAUGAAUUCUAACAUUGCAUUAGUGAAUGCUGUUCGGAUGAUCGUUAAUAGGGUAAACAAGACUCUGGAAAUCAAAUUGAAUAUGCAAAUUUGAAUCCAGAAUUUGUACUUGUAGAAGAAGGGUUUCGAUACUUAUCGACGCAAGGAGUUUAUGUCCCUUGAGCACCACGAAAGCAGGUUCUCUGUUUAUUCUCUAUUAGCAUGUCUAAAUUCCAUUAUCC